UAGUGUAACAUACCUCUGCCCGGAACUGAAAACAAAUAUGAAUAGCGCAAUACAUUCGAGGAAACCGAUGCACGAAGGACGACUAGGACGUAGAGAAAAAUAAGCAAGGUGAAUAUCCCGCCAUCCACUACCACCAUGUUUAGAAACAGUCUUAAGAUGCUGCUGGGGGGAAAGUCCAACCGGAAAAGCCACAACAGCAGUGAUAGAGGGAGUGAGAAGCCAAGUGACCUACGAAGUGCCAGUUUGGGCCCCCAUCAGGGCCUUUCUGACCAGGGUGAAUGUAUAGACACUGAGUUUGCCUUUGAGGAAGAUGACAGCGUGUCCACUCUCUUCAUGACUGAGAGUCUUCAACACAUGCGGGUGAUGGAGGGGGCAUCUCGUUCCCUUCCAUCUUCCCCUCUUCUAAUACAUCAGACAGUCAAUAUGUGCUUACCGCCGGUAAAGCGGAUCACCACCGGUUCAGCUACAGGUGAGGAGCUUGCCACCCCCACCUCAGUGGAUGAGGCUUCUAACACGUUGAUGACUCGUCUUGGCUUCCUACUUGGAGACAAAAUGAGUGAGGGCCCUCCAGAGCUGCACUACAGCAUGGAGGAGACAGAAGACACACAGGGAGUGGGGUUAAGCAGCAGGAUGAGUCCAUGCUCCACUUUAACCAGCAGCACAGCGUCUCCUCCGGCCUGCAGUCCCUGCUCCACUCUCCAUACUGAGGUUCCAGGACAAGCUGUAAACAGUCCCACCUCCACGCUGGAGAGCAGAGACAGUGGCAUCAUUGCCACCCUGACCAGCUAUUCAGAACCUGCAGAUUGCAGUGGCAAGCAUGGAGAUGGUGCUCGUGCCAGCAGCCUCAAGCUUUGGCACUCACAACGGGCUACACUCGAUUCUGGUCUCUACCGCCUUGACGAGAACAUGGCUGCCUCUACCCACAGCCUUAACAAGAUCCCUGAACCUGGCUCCGCACAACACCCUUCACGCUCUACCCCACUGUUCCUCAUGCCUCGCCCCAACUCUGUGGCAGCCACCAGUUCUGCUCACUUGGAGGAUUUGGCCUAUCUGGAUGAACAGAGACAUGCUCCACUGCGCACUUCAUUUCGCAUGGUUCGCCAAAACUCCUCAGGCCGCUCCAGCCAGGACCAGAGAGUGCGCUUUGCUCAGUACAGACUCCAGGACAUAGCACUAAAGCCAUUGCUCUUUGAGGUGCCCAGCAUCACAGUGGACUCAGUGUUUACAGGACGCGAGUGGCUCUUCCAAGAGAUCGAUGCUCAGCUGAACAGCAGCAACCAUGUCACCAACCGUGGUGUGGUGCUGGUGGGAAACAUUGGUUUUGGCAAGACAGCUAUCAUCUCCCGUCUGGUGGCGCUUAGCUGCCAUGGCAACCGCAUGAGGCAGAUUGCAUCAGAGAGUCCACAGGCCUCACCUAAACAUGGAGAUGGGCUUCCUCUUACACAGCCUCAACCAUCCCAUGGAACUCUUGGUGGUGGCAGCUGCCCUGGAACUCCAGAGAUGAGGAGGAGACAGGAAGAGGCCAUGAGGAGAAUUGCAUCACAGGUGGUGGCUUAUCACUACUGCCAAGCUGACAAUGCCUAUACUUGUCUGGUGCCUGAGUUUGUGCACAAUGUGGCUGCACUGCUGUGUCGUGCACCACAGCUUAACACCUACAGAGAGUUGUUACUGAAAGAACCGCACAUUCAGAGCAUACUCAGUCUACGCUCCUGCGUGCAGGACCCAUUCAACGCCUUCACACGUGGAGUCCUCGAACCACUUCAAGCACUUUACAAAGGGAGGAAGAUGACUGCAGAUGAACACUUCGUUAUCCUCAUAGAUGGUCUAAAUGAAGCAGAGUUCCACAAGCCUGAUUAUGGUGACACUAUUGUCACAUUCCUUUGUAAGACCAUCAGUAGGUUUCCAGCCUGGCUUAAACUAGUGGUGACUGUAAGAACCUCACUUCAGGACAUCACAAAGCCUCUUUCAUUCCAUUAUAUUUCUCUGGAUGACCUGGAAGAAAAUGAUGCUAUCGACCGAGACCUGCAAGCUUAUGUGCUACAGCGUGUGCAUGGCAGCCAUGAAAUCCAGAGCAACAUUUCUCUCAAUGGCAAGAUGGACGGUGCUGGCUUCGCCAAACUCAGUGCACACCUAAAGACCCUCAGUCAUGGCUCUUUUCUCUACCUAAAGCUAACUUUUGACCUGAUAGAGCGUGGCUACUUGGUGCUCAAGAGUUCUGGCUAUAAGGUGGUGCCUGUGAGCCUGGCAGAGGUCUACCUGCUACAGCUAAACAUGCGUUUUCCUACACAGUCAUCAUUUGAGCGUGCACUGCCCUUGCUCAACGUGGCAUUAGCAUCACUGCACCCACUCACUGAUGAACAGAUCUACCAAGCGGUUAAUGCCGGCUCCCUUAAGGCCAUGCUUGACUGGGAUGACUUUCGCCAAAGGAUGGACCAGCUGAGUGUGUUUCUGGUGAAGAGACGAGAUAAUACUCGUAUGUUUGUGCACCCAUCAUUCCGUGAAUGGCUUAUAUGGAGGGAGGAAGGAGAAAAGACCAACUUCCUUUGUGAUCCCAGGAAUGGGCACACUUUGCUGGCCUUUUGGUUUUCUAGACAGACAAACAAACUCAACAGGCAACAAACUAUAGAACUUGGCCACCAUAUACUCAAAGCACAUAUAUUUAAGGGUUUAAGUAAGAAGGUGGGGGUCUCCUCAUCCAUCCUGCAGGGAUUGUGGGUAUCAUACAGCACUGACAGAUUAUCCACAGCUUUAUCAUCCCUAAGAAACCUCUACACCCCUAACAUCAAGGUGUCCCGGCUGCUAAUGAUGGGGGGAGCAAAUGUUAAUUAUCGGACUGAGGUGUUAAACAAUGCACCAGUGCUGUGUGUGCACGCUCAUCUGGGCUACAUGGACAUGGUGAACCUGCUUCUGGAGUUUGGAGCUAGCGUGAAUUCAGCUUCUGAAAGUGGUAUUACAGCACUGAGCUAUGCAGCCACCUCUGGACAUUUGGGCAUUGUCACUGCUCUCUGCAAGAGGAAGGCUAAGAUUGACCUGCUGGACAGGAAUGGCCAGUGUGCUCUGGUGCAUGCAGCCCUAAAAGGCCACAUCGAGGUAGUGAAGUUCCUGCUGCAGAGUAACUGGGGGAAUUCAGGGGCAAAAAGUACUGAGCUUAAAUCUCUAUCUACCAUUGAGCGUCAUGAAUCCUCCCAGACAUCCAGCCCAGAACAGCAGGAUAAGGAGCAGGAGCAAGAGCGAGAAGGGUCAACAGAGGAGGGGAAAGAAGAAGUAGAGCUACCUGCAGAGCAGGAAGAAGUCAAGGAGGAGGCAGAGAGACAAAAACAAGUACAGCAUCAGCUGCAGCAUGAGACCUUUAGCAAACUUCAUGCAGUGCAACAGGCUCUGGUAGCAGCAGCUAGCAUGGGACAUACAGAGAUUGUUUCAUACCUUCUAGACCUGCCUGAGAAAGAUGAAGAUGAUACAAAGUGUGUCCAGAUCAACAGCUGUGACACACUUUGGGGAGAGACAGCAUUGACUGCAGCAGCAGGGCGAGGAAAACUGGAUGUUUGCCGCUUGUUGUUGGAACAUGGUUCUUCAGUGAGUCAGCCUAACCGGAAAGGGGUGUUGCCUCUCUUCAGUUCUGUAAGCCAAGGACACUGCCAGAUUGUGGAUUUGUUGCUGAACAGUGGGGCAGACAUAAACAUAACAGAUAAACAGGGUCGGACUCCGCUAAUGGUGGCCGCUUCAGAGGGCCACACAGAAACAGUGGAGUAUCUGCUGGCUCAAGGUGCAUCCAUGUCCAUAGUAGAUAAGGAGGGACUUACUGCACUAAGUUGGGCAUGUCUAAAAGGACACUUGCCUGUGGUUCGCUGCCUAGUGGAAAGAGGUGCAACAACUGAUCAUGCUGAUAAAAAUGGGCGCACACCCCUCGACCUGGCAGCUUUUUACGGAGAUGCAGAUGUGGUACAGUUCCUGGUGGAUCAGGGUGCCCUGAUUGAGCAUGUGGACUACAGUGGGAUGCGUCCACUGGACCGGGCUGUGGGCUGCCGCAAUACAUCAGUGGUGAUGGCUCUCCUGAAAAAGGGGGCUAAGAUUGGAUGUCAGACCUUGCCAAGUCGGCACAAAGGAGGUCCAGCCACAUGGGCCAUGGCAACCUCAAAACCAGACAUUAUGAUGAUCCUGCUAAGAAAGCUAAUUGAGGAGGGUGAUGGCUUUUACAAGAAAGGCAAAGUAAAGGAGGCAACACAACGUUAUCAAUAUGCUUUGAAGAAAUUUCCUCGUGAAGGUUUUAGUGAAGAACUGAAAGCCUUCCGUGAGCUCAAAGUGUCUCUAUUCCUCAACUUGUCUCGGUGCCGACGAAAAAUGAACGACUUUGGGAUGGCAGAAGAAUUUGCGACCAAAGCUAUAGAGCUGAAACCCAAAUCUUAUGAGGCGUACUAUGCUAGAGCCCGAGCUAAACGUAGCAGCAGGCAAUUUUCAGAGGCUUUAGAGGAUCUCAGGGAAGCCAUGAAGCUGUGUCCCAACAAUCGUGAGAUUGUACGUCUCUUGCAGCGUGUGGAGGAAGAAUGCAGAAAAGUUACCCAGACAGACGAAACAGAACUUGAGCCUCCACCAUCCCCACCCCCAUCCCCUUUACCUGUGGAAGAGAAAGAGCCACCUCAUCAUACUCCACCCCCUGAACCACGUCUAGAUGACAUGGAGCCUGUGCAAGACCUCUUUGAGGAUGAUGACUUUCUGGAACAGGAGCUAGAGGGCAUUCCUGUUGGCCUUGCUCCUGAUUGCAUCAACCCAUCUAGUCUGCAACUGAUCCACAGCCCACCCCUUUCUCCCAUUCCUUUAUCAGGAGGACAGACCUUUGAAUUCCACUCAAGCCCCACUACCUUAUCAUCUCCAACUCACCAGGGCUACCAGUCCACCUCGCCUUGUGUCUCUCCCACACAGCAAAACUCUCAUUACCGACACAGUCCUCCACACACUUCUCCUGCACACCAAGCUUCUUUCCGCUUCAGUCCUCCUUCUAUGGGCAGUGGGGGUCAGGGAAUAGACUACCAGAGCCCCCCUUCCUCCCCACUUCAUCGUGCAGGACCAUACAGAGCCAGUCCCCCCUUGGAGAAUGUGUGUCUCUAUCGUUCCCAGUCGGGAUCCCCCGUUCGCUACCAGCAGGAUCCUUUGCCCAGUCGCCCCAAAUCGCCUCUGUCCAAGAUCAGCAGUCAGCGCUCUUUCCAGCUUCAGUCACAGCCAUCUCAGUGUACCCAGUCCUCCCAGCACCACCAGGUCCAGGGUAUUCGACUGCAGCCCUCCGUGGCUCAGAUUGUACGCACAAAUCAACCUGGGGGUGGCAUCUAUGGACAGGUGGCUCACCCACUCAGCAGCAGGUACCAAGGCAGCUCAAUGGAUAUAGAUAGGGAAAGAGAGCGGGAGUCCAGGCUGGUAUACCAGCCAUCAUUGGAUGGAAGAUCCAUGUCUCAGGUGCAGUCUAGCCUAAGUGUGGGGGCUCUGUGCCAGCACAGAGGACGAAGUGGACCUGGAAAUGUUCUCGAAUCUGGCAUGGGAAAAGAUGAAGUGCCCCAGCGUCCUGUCUCAGCCUACCGCUCUGCAACAGGAGUUCCAGGAGCAAUGCGCUUCAGCCAGACACCUCAGAUCAGCCGCAGCCAGUCAGCAGCAUACUACCCUGUCUCAAAGCAUGAGCUGGAGAGGGCCACAGCAGCAUCCUCCAUGUCCCCAUGUCAGCUAGGCUCUCCUGAUAUUUCACACCUUGUGCGUCGGCCUAUCAGUGCCAACACAGGUGAUCUAAAGCAGCACAUGUCCACCCCUAGACCCCUUAUUCAUUCUCAAAGUGUAUGCCUGCGAUUCUCCCCCUCCAGCAGCAACAUUUCCUCAGGCUCUAGUUCUAAUCUACCUUCUAGCUUUAGGCCUUCAUCCUCCAUAGCCCAAAUGGAAAUCCCACUACAGGUGGCAUAUGACCGAGGCUUUGACGAGCCAGCAUCACUCUCACCAUCGCAGAGCGGGUUGUACCCCAGUGAGCCAGCCCGUUCUCGCACCACUCCUUUCAUGGGUGUCAUUGACAAGACAGCACGGACUCAGCAGCAGUACCUGCAUCAGCCUUCCCGCGCCUGGCCAGUCACAUCCCUUGACAAUGUCAUCACCAGCCCUACAUCACCUGGAAACCUGAUUCACCAGGCAUCCACGGCCUCCUCCUAUAGCCCACCCACGUCUUUAGGCAAUAUUGCCUACUACAACAAGACUAACAAUGCUCAGAAUGGGCACUUGCUGGAUGAUGAGUACUAUGCCCAGCCACAGCCCUCAUCCCUGGGCAAAUUGGCAAAUGGAGGUGCCCAUGAUAGGGACCUAGUGGAGCGGGUUAGUCAGGUUCCCACAUACCAAGAUGUUAAAGUGGCACGGACAAUGCCUGUGGCACAGGCCUACCAGGAGAACAUGUAUCGCCAGCUCUCUCGUGAUUCCAGACAAGGCCCAACCUCGCCCAUCAAACCAAAGAGACCUUUUGUGGAGUCCAAUGUGUAACAAGGCCAGCUAGAUGUAAAGGGUGUGUGAUGAGGAAUAACAGUGUAUUUGUGUGUGCUAGUGGAACAAAAUAUUAAAAAUAAUUACAAAGUCACCUCAGUCAUAACUUAAAACUCCAAACUUCGGAGGAUAAUGUUGACACGUUGCAGCUUUCUGAAAGAAAUGGUUGAUUUUGUGAUCUGUGCCUGCUUCUGGUAUAGUUAGAACAUAGUUUUACAGCUAGAGCAAAAGAUUUGAAGACACUGGAAGAUGAGGACGGUAUGUGAAUGUUCUUUCCAGCGCUGCACAUUUUGUGAAAGCACAUUUCUGAACCUAACCUAAACUGAAGCAACAAACUUGCACAUCCUAUUGAGGAACAGUGUUUUUCUUGCA